UUGUUGUAAAGUUUUCAAAUUUCAAUCAACGAUAAACGAUAAAGCUUAGCAUAAUUAUGUGAUUUACAUCGCCUUACUUUGCACGUUGUUCUGUUGUUAUUAAUGUAUAAAAUAUAAGUUAAAAUUAAACAAUAUUCUUACUUCGGCUCUAUUUCAGUAAAAACUUGGUUUAGAAUUAUUAAUUUGGUAAAUGUAUGUAUAAAUACAAAUGGAAAACUACAUCGUUAUUUCAUUCGUUGGCGAAGGUUCUUUUGGAAGAGUAUUUAAAGCAAAGCACAAAGAAACUGAUGUUGUAUUAGCUUUAAAAGUUAUAAGAAAGAAAGGGAGAUCGUCCAAAGACCUAAAAAACUUGAGACAAGAAUGUGACAUCCAACGGCAGCUGAACCACCCAAAUAUAAUUCGGAUGAUUGAUAGUUUUGAUACAGAAUCAGAGUUAGUUGUUGUCACUGAAUAUGCUGAGAAAGAAUUACAUAGUAUUCUUGCAAAGGAGGGCUGCUUGAAUGAAGAGCAGGUCAAGAAGAUAACAUGGGAUUUAGUUUCAGCAUUGUACUAUUUACAUUCUCACAGAGUUCUUCACAGAGAUCUCAAGCCACAAAAUGUGCUAUUAGACAGCACAGGACGGGCAAAGCUGUGUGACUUUGGUUUAGCUCGAAUAAUGACAAAUGCAACUCAUAUACUAACAUCAAUCAAGGGAACUCCACUGUAUAUGGCUCCCGAGUUGAUUGAUGAGAAGCCGUAUGACCAUCAGGCUGAUCUCUGGUCUCUGGGCUGUAUAGUGUAUGAGUUGAUGGCGGGGCAACCUCCAUUUUGUACAAUGUCCAUAUGGCAGUUAGUCAGAAUGAUUAGACAUAAACCUGUACAGUGGCCUAGUUUUAUAAGUGCAGAGGCUCGGUCGUUCCUUCAGGGUUUAUUGCACAAGGAUCCAGUGAAAAGAAUGAGCUGGCCAGAAAUAUUAGAACACCCAUUUGUCUGCGGCCAUAUUCUUAUUCUGCCUGAGGAUGUCCAGAGCGAUUCACCUUUCACGAAACCAUUAUCAUAUAGCCAACAAGAAGCUAAGUUCUUACAGACUGAAAAAAUGAGUAAAAAUUCCAAGGCCAAAAUGGAGACUAAUACGAAACCCCAAGGUCGUGAACAUGAUUUGAGAAACGUUCAUGGUGUUAUGCAAGCAAUGGAGUGUGUACCUAUGUCCGAUGAUGACAGUGUUCGAGCGACUAGUGCCUUCAGUGUUAGAGAUAGCCUUAAAACAGACGAUGAAGACCAGUCACAACCCAUAACGGCUGCAAACGCGAAAUUACUUAGACACGAAUUCAAUGUAAUGAAUAACUCUAAUCUAGUUGUAUGUAACCUCGAAAAGAACAUGGCCCAAUUAAUGGCAGCUAACAAACAAGAGUUGAAAAUGCAAAAGAUUGACGAAGAAAAACAUGACAAGGAAAUUGUUAAAGAAACAGAAGAAAAAAUAUUGGAAGUGGAUAAACAAGAUGUUGAAGAUGUUAAACAAAAGAAAGCUGGUAGUACGGCUUCACAAAGCUUGGAGAAUCCUAAAAGUGCGGUCAAAUGUAAUGACGAAGUUAGUGCUGGACUAAGUAAAAGUGUACCUCCGUCAUAUAAACAGAAGUUAUUACAAUUCUCUAAAGAUAAACUAAGAUUUGGUAGUGGUGGUAAUAGAUUGACUAGAAGUAUCAAAAGAUCAUUUCACUUCAGUAGAAGUAUUGAUAAAAAUAAAACUGAGGCGCAAAGACGUACAAGUGAACCGGCCAUUGAAACAAUAAGUAAAGAAGAAACAGACAAUAUGAAAUAUGGGAAGGAAGAUAAAGAUGAAGAUACGGAAAAGAUUGAAGUUAUUGAAGAAACUGUUGAUGAGAAGGAAAUUGCUAAUAAUGAUAUUUGUUUGGUAGAGGAAAAAGAAGAAGUAAAAGAACCGUCAUCUAUAGAAUUGGAGGAAUGGGAAGCAUUCUUGAAUUCCAAUAUAACAGAAGUCAUGGAGGGUGAUGUGGAAUCUCUGACGCAAUUAAACAUGGUGAGUAUGGUGGUAGGUGUAGUGGGUAGUGCGGCUCGCGGGGCGAAGGGUGCGCGUGUGUGCGGCGCCGUCGCAGCGCUGUUAGCUCUGCCUUCGCUGUCUCACUCACUACCGAGACAUACGCUGCUUAAUAUACAGGAUGUUUACCUAGAAGCAAAAGUCGUAUACAACUUUAUUGCGGCUAUAAAUACUCUCAUGAAGGAUACAAAGGACACGGAUGACGGUGCUGAGGAAAGAUUGCGUGGUGUAAGUCGCAUGCUAGAAGUAUGUGCGUGGCUCUGUGCCCGCUCGUGCCGAGCCGUGCGACAGCUCGCUACGUCGCUGGCGACGCAUAAUGCGCAUACUGUGUUCACAAGGCUGCUGAAUAUGUCUAUUGUUGCAGAUACAAAAACGCCGCGAAUAGUGCUCAACAUCGUCGGUCUUCUAAUAACCAUACUCCAGGACCUGCCCGAGCACGCUGACGUCAUUGAACGCAUUUUGUUCGACGACAAAUCGUUUCGGUUCCUGAAACUUCUAGAACAACCGAGCGACGCUCUUAGAAUGAGAGUGUGUAUUCUAAUAAGUUUGCUUUGCACGUACUCUUGUACUGCUUUCUCGGCGGCCAUGGAAAAUGUAUGGAGUAAGAAGGACAGUGAUAUGUUGGAAGCGUUGCAUACGCAUUGUAAUGUCACCUUGAAUAGGGCAGCUAGGUUGGCCAGUAAGGAGCUUGGUAGCAUGCCGUUUUAUGUCAAUUAAAUAUAAUAUAAUUUGAUAUAAGUAUUAAUCAAUGGUGGCCAGUGGGUCUUCCACUCUAAGUUUUUAGGGUGAUUAUGAUCACCAUGAUUUUUUUCAUAGUAAUACAAUGCAGAUUUUUUUAUUUGUUUCAUCCCGAUAUAAAUUUAGGAAUAGGGGUGAGAGUCGUUUGAGUGAGAAUGUCGAGUUUCGAACAACGACCAAUCCUAGUAAGCUAGUAAUAAAUAGUGAUUUUUCUCAUAAAGCUCGUUUAGAAAUCGAUAGGUUUUAUAAUGUAAUCUUGAUACUUACUUGACAAUGUGCCUAGUGCGUGUUACAAAAAGAAAACAAUACUUAAGCCAUAUAAAAUAGAAAUGAUCUGUGAUAUCAGAAUGUGACAUGCUAACUUUUAAAAUCACACAAAAAUAUGAAAUAGAAUAGAUACUUACUUCUAAGAUCACAGAUUCCAAUCCAAUUAGAGAAUUAAUGAUAAAAAACAAUGAUUUAGAUCGUAAUGCAUAUAGUUAUUGCGAAUUUUUGUCUUCCGCCUUUUAGUGUUAAGCAAUUUUUCAAAACACUGAUAUAUUUGUGUUUAUGAUUAGGAUUAGUUUUCACAACUCAAAGGUGAAAAACUUUAAUGUUUUAUUUUUGGCACCAGUUUUUAAAUCUUGGCAAUUCUCUGUUGAUUAUUGUCUUUGAUUAUAGUGCUAGCUUAGUUAACAAAAUAAAAUGACAACCGCCCGUCGCCCUUGUCAAAGAAAAAAUACGAAAUCAAAAGCAAAUACGUCGCUGCAUCAGUG